AUGAUAUACUCAGUGGCACUGAGGACCCCACUGAGAGCUCAGCCUUCCUCCUGCAGGGAGGAUAGGGCACACACCAUAUGUUAUCUCUCUGCUCUCACACCUCCCAUCCCAGGCCCAGCCAGAGUCCCCUUUGGAGGGGAGCAAAUGGAUAGGGAAGUGGGAGAUGAGGGGUUGGGAGGAGGUGUGGUGUGGAGGGCUGGGGAGCCGUGGAAGCCAACAAGACAGAGGGUUGGGGGGCUAUCUGUGGCCUCAGUUCCUCACCCCUCCCAGUCCCAGGUAGAGGAGCCAGUCAGCUGCCUGCCACUGGAGCCUUUGCCUGGGCCAGACAUGAAGUGCUGCUGGCAGAUUUUUGUCCUGUGCAUCUCCUUGAUGCUCAUCUUGUGGCUGAUGGCCCCCUGCCUGGAUCUGAAGCCGGAAUCGGCACCCCACGAAAAAUGGAUGAAGGUGGUACCAUGGCGUUGCAGCUGCCCUCCGUUCAAGUUCAGGAAAUAUGGCUGCCCAUCCGGGACCCUCAACGACUCUGUCUGCCACCACACGGCCGGAGGGAACUGGUUUGAUGUAGGUUACGAGAAGACGAUGGGGCACCUCAUGGGAGCAGCAGAGCCCACCAGCCCUGACGCUGUGCUCUCGUGGUCGGGCAUGAACUCAGCAAGCGAGCUGGGCAGAGUGCGGGAGAAGCUGUUCAAGGUGAUUCCCAGGACCUUGGUGAGCCAUUUUGAUCUCUUCUGUGGAACUUGUGCAUCGGUGGGGAACUCGAAGAUCCUGUGGGCCGCCAGCCUCGGCAAGAGUGCCAACCACACCGCGGUCUCCAGGAUGAACCAGGUCCCUAUUCAGGGCUUCGAGAUGCUGGGGAACCAAACCACAGGACAGUCCGUCUCCCUCCGGAAUGACAGGGACCAGGGUUCUUGGAGGCAGCUGGAUCUGCUGCUCCUGAGGCUCUUUGUUCUGGCAUGGACUUCAGAUGCUCUGAGUGAAGAGGUGAUGGUCUGGGAACCCAGACAUUCUCAGUAUGGGGGAUUUUGGAAGAUGGUCCAGUUCCCUAGUAGAAUGGAAGAUAGAAAAGACCAGGUCCUGGUGAUUAGCCCCACUUUCCUCAGGUACACUCAGGGCAACAGGCUGGAUAAAAGGGGAAUCCUCUCUCUUCCUCCAAUAUGA